AGUAUCUCCCCCCCCACACCCUCUUAGUAACUAACACAGGUGGUCGUAUCACAGCCUACUAUCAAAUAACAAAGUCACAACAUCACAUUAUUAUCAAUGUACAUGAUAUGUGCUGUUAAGUCUCAAGAAACAUAUCCACCCAGAAAAGGACAUUCAUUUCUCAUACAUGCAUGAGCUGCUGCAGCUAUCGAUUUACUGCAGCAUGAUUUGCAUAUCAAUGUCUCCAACUGCCUGCAACCCAGAGUACACACUCCCUGUAGUUCCAUAACAUGUCACGACAUGUCAACACUGCCUUGCCAUGUCCGCUGCAUGCACAUAUGAAUAGAACUGGUCAUGCAGUCAGUUUCUUCACAACAGAUAGCUGACAUUUGUAGAUUGAGAGGUAAACAAAUUCACUCUCAGCUGCACACUGCAAAAUGACCUAGAGGUCAACCAGAGAAGAUUACAGCCAAUCAGAAACAGCCAGCAUAUCACAUGAUAUGAAGCUCCUGGUUGGCAAGGUGCCAACUGCCCUGCCAGGCAGUUGAGAUCUCAGUCCAGGAUUAUGCUUCUCGAACAAUCUUGAGCUCUGUAAAUGCAUUUUCACUCAUACCUCUGAAAACUCUGACUCAACCAUAUCAGAUUCAUGCCUGUGCUCACAAAGAAGCUCAAAAGAAGGGAGAUAACUCAGAUGGAUACCUUGAAGAAAAUGUGGUAUUUGAAUAGUGGAAAAGAAUCGUGAACUAUUGCAAGUUUACGUGGAAUGUGGUGUGCCGGAAAAAUGAAGUGACCACCAUAUUGUUCUGUUUUCAAGCACCACGUCUUGAACAUGGAGCAUUUGGAGGUCCACACGGGCGACAAGCCGUUCCUGUGUGAGCAGUGCGACAACAGGAUCACAACACCGGACACAGGGAUGAAGGUCCAGGUGAUUGUCGACACUGGAGCCAAGGUCGUCAAGUGUGACAUGUGCGGUAAGCAGUUCACCUGUGCUCCUAAUCUCACGGGACAUAUCGUUGUCCAUACGACUGAGAAGCCUUACCAGUGUAGCCGGUGUAACAUGAACUAUGUGUCUCCAGCAGCUCUUCGCCUACACAUGGAAACCCACUUGGAGAACCAGGACACUCGCAAUCAGGAGAACCUGGAGAACCGCUUUAAGUGUGAUGUGUGCCACAAGCAGUUCUUUUCCAUGGCCAAUCUGUACCGCCACAAGAAGCUCCAUGACACCUCCAAGCCCUACCCUUGUGAUAUUUGUCAGAAGUCGUACAGCACAGAAGCUUAUCUGAAGGCUCAUAUGUGGGAGCACGUUCCUGAGAAGCCGUUUGAAUGUGAAAUCUGUCAGAAAAAGUUCCCCCUGCUUGUUCAUUUGAAACGUCAUAAGUCUGUGCACUCUGAAGUGAAGUCUCACCAGUGCGAUAUAUGCGGCAAACAGUUUACAUCACUGGGCAAUCUGAAGCGGCACAAGCUGACCCACAUCGUGUACGAGUGCCACGUGUGCGGCAAGCAGUUCGUGAAGCUGAAUCAGCUAAAGGAACAUGUCACAGACCACAUGGAACACAAACCGUUCCAGUGCGACAUGUGUGAGCGGAGGUUCGCCUCAGAGGUGCUCCUUAAGGCUCAUGUGUGGAUCCACCGGCGCGACAAGGAGCCGUAUUUCUGUAAAACCUGUAAACAGAGAUUUCCUUUGUCAAAGCAGCUUAGGGAACACAAGAUUAGUGUUCAUGGAGAGAUACCUGAUCCCCCAAGGAGUAAAAAGAAUCUCCGUCUGCACAUCACUGAACCAAGUGCAAAGACGGAAAAUGAUGAGAAAUCAUUUGAUGGCGUGGAAGAGGAAAAUCUGCCUGAAGAAGAGGAUGACCAAGAAAUUCACUACGUGUACGAGCCAAACAAGAGGUUUCCCUGUGACGAAUGUGGUAAAACAUUCAAGACUGUACGGAUCCGCAACCAGCAUCUGCGGCUGCAUAAUGGCGCACGGCCAUAUCAAUGUGAUAGUUGUGGCAGCACAUUCCAAACACAGACUAACCUACGAAGACACAUGAAGCUCCACAGUCGAGCAAAUCCAUAUCAAUGUUCUAUGUGUGACAAGUCGUACAAAACCAUUGGUGCCUUGAAGACCCACAUGUGGGAACACAAUAACAUUAAGCCGUUCCAGUGCGAGGUCUGUCACAAAAAGUUCUCCCAAGAGAUGCAUGUCAAGCGACACAUGAUUGUCCACUCGGGUGAGAAAAAAUUCAAAUGUGAUUUGUGCCCGAUGACUUUCAACCAAUCAGGAAACUUGAAGCGUCACAAGGCUACUCAUUUUGUGACCUUGAAGUUUCCAUGUGCAGUAUGCGGAAGAAUGUUCAGGACAAUCUCCGAGAUGAAAAUGCAUCUUGAGGACCAUAACAACACCAAGAAUUUCCAGUGUCGCUUCUGUCAUAGGAAAUAUGCCACAGCCUCCAUUCUCAAAGGCCAUAUGUGGGCCCAUGCAGAGAAACGAUUUUUCUGUAAGUUAUGCAACAAAAGAUUUGCAUCAUCCGUCUUUCUUGGGCGUCACAUGACCAUGCAUGCUCAGGAACAGAAGGAAACGUACCAGUGCCAAAUUUGCAAGAAACGCUUUUUGAAACUUGGCAAUUACAGAUCUCAUGUCAAACUCCAUUCCAAAUCCAAAGAUGUGAGGUGUCAGCUUUGUGAUACUGGUUUCACCGGUCUUCGUAUGUUGGACAACCAUGUGAAACAGAACCAUCCUGACAUUGCAAUGUUUCAAUGUGGGUUUUGUCCAGAGUUGUUCUUGAGACUCAGUCAUCUGGAGAAGCACAUUGCAGCGUGUCACCCAGACAUCUUUAAGUGUGACAAAUGUGACAGUAGCUUCUGUAAGCAGGACGCUCUUCUGGAACACCAGAUUCAACACGGCGUAGAGAACCCUUUCCAGUGUGACCUCUGUGAGAAGGCGUACACCAAGAGAGUAAAGCUGCAGUUACAUAAACGGACCCACACCAAGUCUGACGCACACACGUGUAGGGCAUGCAAGCAGGGGUUUUCAACACUGAAAGAGAAGCUGGACCAUCGGAACAAGAUGGAGGAUCUUCUUCAUAAACCACAUGUUUGCAGGUUGUGUGGGAAGAAAUUUCUUAACAGUCAGCGUCUGGAGAGACAUAACUUUAUGCACACAGGGGAGAAGCCAUACAAGUGUAGAGUGUGUGAGAAAGGGUUCUCUCAAUGUGCUCAUCUGAAGGAUCAUUUGAAGACACAUACUGGGGAAAAGCCUUACAUGUGUAACAUAUGUGACAAGAGAUUUACUCAUCCUCGAUCGCUGCGAAUCCAUGUGGAGAUGUGUAGGAAGGGCCAAUUCAGAAUUGAUUGUCCCUGUGGCUGUGGUGAUGGUAGCAAGCCUCACCAAGUGCCCAAACGGUACAGGUGUGACAUUUGUAGGAAGAGAUUCAGAAGAGAGAAAAACUUCAAGUCUCAUAUUGAAAGCAAGACCUGCAAUAAGAAGUUGAUAUGCCCCUGUGGGUGUAAUGGCAAUGAGAAGGAACAUGUCAAAGGUCAAUCUGAAAGUGAGGCUGAUCAUUCUGAAAGUGAGGCUGAUCAUUCUGAAACUGAGGAUGGCCAUUCUGAAACUGAGGCUGGCCAUUCUGAAACUGAGGCUGGUCAUUCUGAAACUGAGGCUGGUAUGGAGUCUGAUACCAGAGUGGAAGAUAUGGCAGGAGACUCUGAGGUGUUUCUCACACAUAGUUAUAGCAAGGUAAGCCUUCAAGGAACUGCUGGUGGUGGCAAGAGUAAGGAAAUUGCAGUGAAAAAGGAACCCAAUUCCGAAGAUUUACAAGGCAGUGAAGGUACAGAAAACAACGUGGAGAGCAACAUGACUACAAAUUAUGAGUCAGAUAAUUCAGGACAGAAAAAACACAUUGAAUCAUCAAUGGAUGAAAAAACAUCUGUAGAGUGCAAGAAAGUGAAAAGUUCCUUGGAGCUUGUUGACAUAAUCCUUGAAGCUGCCGAGGCUUCUACAGAGAAAGAGAGUGAAGCCUCUUCAGGCAGAGUGGUUGAUGAGAAAAAUGUGCAGAAAGAGGUGGUAGAUGUACCCAGAACAUCUGCUAGACAGAAUGAGAUACGACAAAAGGACUAUCCGUGUGAAACUUGCCAGAAGACUUUCCCCUCGUCUCAGUUGUUAAAAAGACACAUGAUAUUCCACACAGGGGAGAGACCGUUUAAGUGUGGAAUCUGCCAGAAAACCUUCUCACAGUCAAAACAUUUGUCAAUUCACAUGAAGAUGCACACCAAAGACAAGCCCUACCAAUGUGCAAUAUGUUCCGCAUCUUUCCCUCAUCCCAAGGCUUACAGAAUCCACAUGCAAAUGCACAAGGUGGCUCAUGAUAAGUGUCCUCACUGUAACAAAGUGUUUGUAAGCAAACCUAAGCUCUCAAGUCACAUACGGGUAAUCCAUCCACAGCAUUAUUUUGAAGGGUAUUCAUCGACUCAAAAGCAUGCUGCUGCACCAGAAAUUACCGUGAUUAAAACCGAGCCAGUUGAAGCUGGUGGAGAGGAAUGUAUAGUCCAGGCUGUGCAACAGUCCCACAAUGUACUGGGUGAAAGAGUUCUCCUUAACCUGGCUGUACAAGACAAGCCUGGACUAGACUCUGUUGUUCCCGAUUCUGCUGAAUACAGUAUUGUAUAUUUAGGGUCUGAAGACGAUCACUUCAAAUUGGGCAAGUCAUCAGCAUCAGUUGCAGGAACUCAAGUCAUCCACAUACCGUGUGAUAUAGGGCCGGAAGGGACGAGGAAUAUCAGCAGUGAUUCAACCCUUAACUUCUUGGAAGAAACUGCUGAUAGUGUUGUCAUGGAGACAACUUCUGUAGACACACAAUCUGCAGUUCCUGGACCAGACAGUGUGACUGUCAUGACGACAGAGGAAGCAUCAGAGGUGGUUGCUGUGAUACAGGAACAUGAGGCCUGGAACCAGGCUAUGGUCGCCGGGCAACAUGGACAAGUGGUAGAUGCCCAGCCUGUACAAGUAUCUUCUUUAAGCGGAGUAGAAGUGUCACAAGCGUCUUUCCUCGAUGCUGUCUCUCUGGAUAAUGUGCGGAUUAUUACAACUGAGAGUGAUGUUAACGGGGAAACGGUUGUUGUUAAGAUUGAGUAUUAGUACCCAUAUUCAUCCAAUGAUAAGUCGUCGUCAAUAGUUAUCCUGUGAUCACCUGUGAAUACAUGCAGUCGAAUUGUCGUGUAGAUGUUAUUUUUAACCAGUGAAUUAAGACAUGGCCUGGUUCGAGCAAGAGGGAAUCCAAUGAGUGCUCAAACCAAUAAGCAUUCAAAUUCAUCACAAACACGACCAGUGUCCAAACUAACUGCCUGCCUUCCUGCCCAUGGCUGAUAACAUUUCUAUUGGGCUGCAUGAAAUUUUCCUCCACCUUCCCAACUGUUAAGACUCCUUAUGUAUUCAAUUUUAUUCAGAUUUAUUAUUGUCAUCACCAGGUCCGUCUGUCUGUAUUUUGUUUCCGGAGCAUAACUUGAAAACUGUGAAAACAUUUUCAUGCAAACUUUGCACAUGAAGUUGUGCCUUUUGCUGGGGGGAUUUGUCAUCAUCUGAUGACUCUUUUCUAUCUCAAGUAUUUUCUUGCAUUAUUUCAACCGAAUCAGGAUGCGAUUUUUCAGUAUUUAUAAUGCCUGAAUGUUGGCAGGUGACUUGGAAGACGGGCAGGCAACACUUAUGGUCACCUGACCCAUUGUAUUGUUGGGUUUUUAAAUUAUUUCAAAUUCUGGACACGACAAUAUUUCUUGUGCAACGUGUGCCACAGCCUUUUUGCCAUCUUCUCUACACAUUGCUAUAGGCAAUAGCACGGGUUCAUUGACUUCCAUGAGUUAUAAACAGCCACAUGAAAUUUGUGGAAAAUAGAUGAAUGGCAAUAUCAGGCAAUCGUAGGGUUCGUACAAAGUUCAUGCAAGGGUCAUGUGAUGUCCGGAAGUUAUGUAGACUUCUUAUUGUGUCAGUUGAAGAAAGACACAUAUAUCACUGCUACGUGGAAAAUUGUCUGCAUGUAUUCCAGGGUGAUGAGGGACGUAAAGUCAUUUAUCAUACCACGAUGUGAUGAGAUGUGAUGAAUGAUGAGAUCUGCAGGGAUGAGAAUCUUCCGUGGAUCCACAAAUUUUAGUGACCACAAAUUUGUGAAAAUCUGAUGGCUUCCCUCAUAAAGUUUCAGCUGAAAAGUGAAAUAUCCAUUCUCAUCCCUGGAUCUGAUUUGUUCACUUGAUCUUGAUUAAACACUAUGUAUCCCGCCUUGGAGGGAAAUAAAUUUCUUACCGGGAGAAUAAAUUCCUUUUGUCCCGCCACGAACAAGACAGGCUGCAUGUGGGUUUCUGAGAGGCAUAUUAGGUCCCUUUUACCCCCGCUUCUAAGCAGGAAGACGCACACUUUUUCUGAUUCGAUGAGGGUCACGUGACAUAGGGCAAGUAAACCUCACCUCAAUCAAACUAAUAUUUUCUAUCAAUUUUGAAUUUGUUUUAUUUCUAUUACAAUGAGGGGCACGGCUUGCCCAGUUGUCUAAGGCGCCGCAUUUUGCUGUGCAGAGUUGCGUCCCUUGGGCACGCCAGAAACCUUUGAUUGUGGGUUCGAAUCCCGGUUCGCCCUGAUUAUGUUUCUAGGUCUGUCA